CUGAAUCAAAAUGGCGGCAUACAGCGAAGAGUUAUGGAGAGAAGCAUUUUCGGCAGUUGAACAUCAGUUUGAAGUAAGAAACCUCUUGCCGGAACAAAAGGAGGCUAUUAAGGGAUUCUUUAGUAACAAAAAWAUUUUUGUAAACCUGCCAACAGKUUACGGGAAGUCACUGAUUUUUCAGUGUCUUCCCAUAGUUUCGGAUAUUUUGCGAUGUAAAUCCAGAGGAUCCAGCAUCAUUGUGGUUCUUUCUCCACUUCGAUCUUUGAUGGAAGAUCAUGUGCUAUAUCUAAAUAAUAUUGGGAUUCCAGCAAUUGCCAUCGGUGACGAGGAAGAUGCUGAAAUCAUCCAGCAGAUCGUAAAUGGCAACUAUGUCGUGUUGUUCGGUUCCCCAGAGUGCUUUCUGUCUACUACAACAUGGAGAGGAAUUUUCUGCACGCCAAGCUUCAGGGAUAUGAUGAUCGGCGUCGUAAUAGAUGAAGCUCACUGCAUCGUUCAAUGGGGGCUAACAGGUACCAAGAAGGUCCCAUUCAGGAAGUGGUAUGGUUGCUUAGGAGAAUUACAUUCUUUAAUUCCCAAAGAUACUAAAUCAGUGAUCCUAACAGCAACUGCCACCAAGGCAACCAAGGAAMAAAUAAUGGAAACCYUGAACCUGUCACCAAAGGAUGUGCAAAUGAUCCAGCAGAGUCCUGACAGGCCAAAUUUAUUUUAUUCUACACAAUAUGUAGAUAAAAAUGAGCCAUUGGAGAUUGUGUUUGGGCGGCUUAUUAAUGAAGUUGAUGAUAUGGGUGCAAACACGCCAAGAACAUUAAUAUACUGUCAAACACGAAAGCAGUGUUCAGUUCUGUACCGAAUGUUUGAAGUUUUUUUGGGUCUGAAGAUGUACAGUGGUGGAGUAACCAAUCCACAAAAAAGACUGGUUGAAAUGUUUCAUGCUGGCACCCCUAAAAGAGUUAAGGAACACAUAAUCGAAAAUAUGGCAAAGGAUGAUGGACAUUUACGAGUUGUCAUUUGUACUGUUGCCUUCGGCAUGGGUAUCAAUUGCAGGAAGGUUAGACAGAUUGUGCAUUUUGGACCAUCGAAGACAGUGGAACAGUAUGUUCAAGAGUGUGGGCGUGCUGGACRGGAUGGACUUCCAAGCUCUUGCAUCCUGCUGUUCAAUGGACUACUGUCAGCCCACUGUGAUAGGGAUAUGAAGGCUUAUGUCCAACAAGAAGGAUGCUCGCGUAUAUGGUUAAUGAGCCAUUUUGAAAGUAAAGUGGCAAGUAACAGUUUACUUCACAAAUGCUGUGGACAAUGUGCAAUGAAAUGCAGGUGUAGUGACAAGGAUUGCAGGGUGCUUUGGAGUCCCAAUUUGAAUGGAGAUACAACAAAAAAGUCACCAGUCCAGAAAUUAAUGACCACCAUCAAUGCACAUGCUCAUCAUGAAAGAGCCAAAUUUACAAGAGUUGUCAGUGAACAACAAAGGGAGAAACUGAGAUUGGAACUUCAUUGCUUCCAGCAAGAAAUGAUGAAGGAGGUACAAGUGGAUACUAUGGUGACAUGUCCCAAUGUACUCAUGGAGUUUAAUUCUUUCCAUAKUAAUCAAGUGAUUGAACACUGCAGCAUUCUUUUUACCAUCCAAGAUGUUGUAGAGUUGGUAGAAAUAUGGAGAAUGAAAUAUGCCACUGCCAUUCUCACAGCUUUAGACAAAGUCUUCAGUGAUAUAGAUGCUGCUGAAAUACAAAUGGAUGURUUUCCACCUGAAAUGUCAAAUUAUUCUGACUGGAGUCAAGUCAGGGAUGACACCACACUGGUAGGGAUGUUGAACAGCCAAGAUUUAGAGGAUCUAAGUUCUUUUAACACAUGUAUGGACACAGCAGACAGUACUUUUUUAGAUACUUCUUAUCAGAGUUUGAGUACUGCUUAGAGCUUUUAUCCAUAAGUUAAAUCUCUCUUACCAUCUUACCCAAGUUUAUCACAAACGUGUUUAUACCAUACUCUAACAACAUAUUGUCCUGGUUUUGAGAUAUUUUCCUCAUAAGGACAGUCCCCUCUCUAAAUGUGCAUAUAUUAUGCAAUAAAAUGAACAUUUGCAAAAGCUAAGUUUAGAUUUGAGUAGCAUGUGAAAUAGCUUUUUAACCCUGGAUUCAUCAAAAACUACAAAAAGGUAAAAGCUUUGGAAUACACGUAGUYAAACACUGAGUGACAUCACUAUUUCUACAACAUUUCUUUUAGAAACAGAUUUCAGAAAUGAAGUCAUUUAUCUUAGCAAAAUCAGAAAAUUAAGUUAAACAUUGAGUGACAUCACUAUUUCUAAAACACUUCUUUAAGAAACAGAUUUCAGAAAUGAAGUCAUUUAUCUUAGCAAAAUCAGAAAAUUAAGUGUGAUUAUCCCAAGAGAUGUCUUAUCAAUAAUUCAUGAUGCAUUACAUGAGAAACUUCGUGUCAAUUUCAUAUGAUUUUUUCCAAUGAGAAUGAAACUAUCUGAAGGAUUCAAACUCAAAUUGUCAGAUUUUGCCAGAGCAUUUUUUAUAUUUAAAAAAAGGCUGUCAAGAGCUUCUUGUAACAUCUAUAUUCUAUAGCUUUUACAAUUGUGUCCUUUUGGUUGAAGAUUUUUAGCAGUACAGACAUGUCUUGUGGAGAAUGUAAAUGUGCCAGGAAAAAUGAAGUCAUUUAUGAUUACGUGGUUAAUGAAACACUUAUAUGUACAUAUUCAAGUAUUAUUAACUGCAUUUUUCCAAUUUCUCCUAUUGCAUUUAUUUUUUUCCUCAACUACAUGGACUUUAUAUUUAAGUUCUAUGCAAAUAAUUAUAAUAUAUAAGAAGUACAAGUGGUAAUUCCAAUAUUUUCCUUAAUUUGUUUCUGGAACAUAACAGGACUCUUAAAGUCAGAACUCUAGUUGUUAAAGUACCAGGGGCUGAUCCAGGGGAGGGGUGCAGGGUUUGUG